CUCAUUCUCUCUCUACAGCCAGAAGAAGUAGGUGAAAAGCAAGGCCAAACUCUCCUCUCUCACAUUACCUUAUUACUUCGACAACUACUGUCAGUACCUAAUCCUUAUUCAAAUACCAUUAACGUUAAUCUCCUUCCUUCUUCUUGAAUCUCUCCCUCAAACUAACUAUCAAUUCAUUAUUUUAUUAUUUAUUUACUCCUUGAUUGCGGUUGUUUAAAGUUACCUUGUUGUUUUUCUUACCGUUUGCUGCUUCUUUACUGUUUCGUAUCGAAUCAAAUCCUAAGGCUCCUCGCCGAAGUCUCUGUUAAUAUUUCUCUUGCGUUUACUGGUUCUGUUCGCAGUUCAGAUCUUGUUCUGAUAAUUUCUUUUGCUUUGAUCGUCGAUCUACUGGUUUUGGAUGAGUUAAGUCAAUGGUGAUAGUGGCGGAUUCGAUUUGGUUUGGUUGAGGAUUUUUGGCUGUUUUUGGUGGAAUGUGAUGUUUGUGUUUUGGAAAUGUCGGCAUCUUUAGCGCCUUUCGAGCGGCCGCGGCCCGGAGGGUCUAAUACGGUUUUCAAGAGCGGUCCACUUUUCAUAUCUUCGAAAGGAAUAGGUUGGAAGUCUUGGAAGAAGCGGUGGUUUAUUCUGACACGCACUUCCUUGAUUUUCUUUAAAAAUGAUCCGAGUGCACUACCGCAAAGAGGUGGUGAAGUAAAUCUGACAUUGGGAGGAAUAGACUUGAACAACUCAGGGAGUGUUGUUGUUAGAGAAGAUAAGAAAUUGUUGACUGUAUUGUUUCCUGAUGGACGUGAUGGUCGAGCUUUUACCCUUAAGGCUGAGACAGUUGAGGAUUUGUGUGAGUGGAAGAUAGCUCUAGAACAUGCCCUUGCACAAGCGCCAAGUGCUGCUCUUGUUAUAGGACACAAUGGGAUUUUUCGGAAUGACACAAAUGAUGUAAUCGAAGGCCCUUUUCACCAAUGGAGGGACAAGCGUCCAAUUAAAUCUUUGGUUGUUGGAAGACCAAUUUUGCUUGCUCUUGAAGAUAUUGAUGGAAGUCCAUCAUUUCUUGAGAAAGCUCUUCGAUUUCUUGAGAAAUUCGGAACUAAAGUGGAAGGAAUUUUACGUCAAGCAGCAGAUGUUGAGGAGGUAGACCACAGAGUUCAAGAGUACGAACAGGGAAAGACUGAAUUUGGUCCUAAUGAGGAUGCACAUGUUGUUGGUGACUGUGUUAAGCAUGUCCUCAGGGAGCUUCCUUCCUCUCCGGUUCCAGCAACUUGCUGCACUGCAUUGCUGGAGGCUUACAAAAUUGAUCAGAAAGAAGCUCGGAUAAGCGCAAUGCGCUCUGCAAUUUUGGAGAAUUUUCCAGAGCCAAAUCGGCGUUUAUUACAAAGAAUUUUGAAGAUGAUGCAUACAAUUGCUUCACAUGCUCAUGAAAAUCGAAUGACUGCAUCUGCUGUUGCUGCUUGCAUGGCACCCUUACUUUUACGCCCCCUAUUAGCUGGUGAAUGUGAAUUGGAAGAUGACUUUGACAUCAAUGGUGACAACUCUGCUCAGCUUCUUGCCGCUGCAAAUGCUGCUAAUAAUGCUCAAGCCAUCAUUACAACUCUUUUGGAGGAUUAUGAGAAUAUUUUUGAUGAUGAAAGUUUACACAGAUACUCUAUCUCAGCUGAUUCUCGGAAUGACAACAGUGGUAGUGAAGAUUCAAGUGAUGAAGAAAAUGUUGCUAUAAAAGAUAAUGGCUACCAUGAUGCAGAAAAUGAAGUUGAUCCAGAAACUGAUGAUGAUCGUGAACAUGCACUUAGUGGAAAAUUAAGUGAAAGUAGUGGCUAUGCUGGCAGCGAUCUGUAUGACUACAAGGCAUUUGGUGGUGAUGGGUCUGAUGGAGCAUCCCCAAGAUACAAUACUGCUCUAGCUGAUAACCCUAAUCCGCCAGUUGAUUCUCCACAGAUCAGGGAUCCUACUUUUCAGAUGAUUGAUCAAGGUACACCAAAGAAAGGGACUGAAAAUUCAAUAACAGAGAUUGAGGCUUCAGAUGUCUUACCUGCGGUUGAAUCUUACCGUUCAAUGGAUGAGAUUCUCUCUUCAAUGGAUCCUGGGCACCCACUUUCUGCAUCAGGAAUUGACUCAUCUGGUGAGAAGCCAGUUAGUAAAGUUACAAGCUCCAAUCUCGGUACAAAGCGGUCUGCAUUUUGGGGGAGAAGCAAUGCCAGAAAGACGCCUUCAAUGGAAUCUGUUUAUUCUUCUGGAGAAGAAGAGUUUGCCAUUCAGAGGCUGGAGAUCACAAAGAAUGACUUGCGACAUCGGAUUGCAAAGGAGGCCAGAGGAAAUGCUAUUUUACAAGCUAGCCUGGAGAGAAGGAAGCAGGCUUUGCAUGAGCGACGCUUGGCUCUUGAGCAAGAUGUGUCAAGAUUGCAAGAGCAGCUACAAGCUGAAAGAGAUCUUAGAGCUGCAUUAGAAGUUGGUUUGAGCAUGUCUGCUGGACAGUUCUCGAGCUCACACAGCAUGGAUUCUAAAACAAGGGCUGAGCUAGAGGAAAUUGCUCUUGCUGAGGCAGAUGUGGCUAGGUUGAAGCAGAAAGUUGCAGAACUCCAUCGUCAACUUAAUCAGCAAAGGCAACAUCAUUAUGGAUCACUCUCUGAUGCAUGUGACCGUUACCAAAAUGUCCAAAGCCAUAAUUCUCAGCGGAGGUUUCUUCCACAAGAUUUUGAUACUACCCUUGCUUUUGUUAAUCAUGAACGGAAACAAAAAACAGAGGAGAAUUUGUUGGGGUCAGAUUGGAAAAAUGUUAAAGGACAAGCAUCAACAACCGGGAGUGGCAGCAAAUUGCCUUCACGGAAGCAAUUCAUGGAGUCAACCAGCUUGAGUGAAUCUAGAAGUACCGAGGCAUCCACUGCUGUGUCACUAGAUGAUCUUGUCGUUGAUUCUGCAUUCGUUCCUUCCACUUCAAGAGCAGUAGAGACAAUUGAUUAUGCAAGGCAUCCAUCAACGGCAUCUUCUACUUUGGUAGAAUUAACCACUCGUCUCGAUUUUUUCAAGGAAAGACGAUCUCAACUAAUGGAACAACUCCACAACCUUGAUCUAAAUUAUGGCACAACAUCUUCUCAAGAUUUCAUUUAUCGACCAUCUUCUCCACCAUGGAAUUAGCCAAAGGUGAUGACUCAAGAAGAAGAAUGUCAAUCGCUUUGUUGUAAAUCCUUCCAUAUUACGUAUAGUUGUUUCUCUAUGUAGAUCUGCAUACUCGAAUUAUUGUUGAUUUUCAUUUAAAGUUUAUUAUUAGGUAGCGAAAAUGAGAUUUGGUUACUAAAAUUAUUGACCUGUUUUUUUAGCUCCUUUUUGGUAUGUAAUUUCUUGGGUCAUUGUAAACAAAGCAAAAUGUCAUGUUGUGUAUUUUGUUAAUAGUAAACUGGGGGAAUCAGCGACCCAAAGAUGUAACAUUUUUUAGUCUCGCCACAAUAAUUUGUUUUAUGUAGAUCUACAGGAUUCAAAGUGUGUGUUUGAAGGUAGUUUCAUUGAUUUGAUGUCGUCUCCAAUGAAACGGACACUUUCAAAGUUGAUUUCUGACA